UAUACAUAUAAUAUGUAUCAUUCACAAAUGUUGUCCAGCAUUUGCAUGCCUCUUGCUGUUCUUUUGCAACCCCACCAGACCAGUUCAAACAAAUGGGACACUGAAAGAAGACUUGGUCAUUGCACGAAUGUGCCGCGUAACGUGAAUAUGGAAAGUCUACAAAAUGACUACUUGUUUCCUGAGAUAUGCAUGAGAGAGUUGGAGCACAAUAGGAAAUAUCCACAUGCAAAGUUGAUAAGACUUGGAAUUGGUGAUACUACCCACCCUAUACCACCCAUCAUUACAUCUGCUAUGGCUCAGCAUGUCUAUGGAUUAUCAACUGUCCAAGGUUACAGAGGGUAUGGAGCCGAACAAGGCAACAUGGAAUUAAGGAAGGCAAUUGCAGAAACAUUCUACAAUGACUUGGGUGUAAAAGGAAGUGAGAUUUUUGUAUCAGAUGGGGCACAAUGCGACAUAUCUCGCCUUCAGAUGCUCAUGGGAUGUGAUGUAAUGAUGGCAGUUCAAGACCCAUCCUUUCCGGCAUAUAUAGACACCGGAGUUAUAAUAGGUCAAGCUGGAAAAUUCAUGGAGGAAACUGGAAAAUACCAAAACAUAGUGUACAUGAAUUGUAACCCAGAAAAUAAUUUCUUCCCCGACCUGUCUAACACGCCAAGGACCGAUAUAAUUUUCUUCUGCUCGCCAAAUAACCCAACCGGUAAUGCAGCAUCAAAACAGCAACUGGAGCAACUGGUGGAGUUUGCAAGGGCUAAUGGGUCAAUUAUUAUUUAUGACUCUGCUUAUGCUGCUUAUAUCACUGAUGAUAGCCCUAAAUCAAUCUUUGAAAUUCCUGGUGCCAGACAGGUUGCAAUUGAAAUUUCAUCUUUCUCCAAGUUUGCCGGGUUCACGGGGGUCCGACUUGGUUGGACAGUGGUACCUGAGGAGCUGUUAUAUUCGAACCAGUAUCCAGUAAUAAAGGAUUUCAAUAGGGUAGUGUGCACCUGCUUCAAUGGUGCUUCCAGUAUUGCCCAGGCUGGUGGCCUAGCUUGCCUUUCUCCUGAGGGCUACCUGGCCUUGAAUGGUGUAAUUGACACCUACAGAGAAAAUGCAAAAAUAAUUUUUGACACGUUCGCUUCACUCGGGUUCAAGGUAUAUGGUGGCAAAAAUGCACCAUACAUCUGGGUGCAAUUUCCAGGAUUGAGAUCCUGGGAUGUAUUUGCUGAGAUUCUUGAGAAAACACAUGUAAUCACUGUUCCAGGCAGAGGUUUUGGUCCUGGUGGUGAAGAGUUUAUCAGAAUUAGUGCAUUUGGAGAUAAAAAUGGUGUACUUGAAGCUUCAAGGAGACUGAGAAAUCUUUUCAAAUAAAUAAAAUUUACAUUUUCCUGAUAAA